AUGCAUAGCAGAAAGCCCACCCAUUGUGUGUGUGUUGUGGAUUGGGAGCAUUGCGGGGCAGACACGGCCUUCGUUGGCAGAGCUCCGUCCUCUGAGCUCUCCGACCAUGCAUUCGCUUCUUCUCCUCGCCUCGUGGAAGUUAUUCCAGAAAUUGUUGAAAUUGUGGGACUUCAUUCAUGUAUUCAUUCUGCGGAUACGUUUGAAUUUGGAUGUGACGUUAAAACGGUAUCACUGAUACCAGCAAUAAGCCCAAUAACUUAUUGAUCUCUGCCGGGAGCUUCCGGAAUGAAUCGAGAUUGGGAGGAAGCUCUUCACCCAACUGUAGAUGCUUUUUCAAUGCAAGCAUCAAGUAUUGCACGAUGA